AGAUAGCGGGCGCGCUUGGAGCGAACGAACGAGCGCCUCUCCCCUCGACGCGACAUGGCGCUCCAGCCGCUGCUCCGCCUCCUCCUCCGCCCAGCCCCACCCCCGCCCCCGCCUACGCGCCGGACCCCACACCUCCCAGCCCCUUCCCCCACCCGCCGCGGCACCGCCGCCGCGCUCCUCCUGCUCGCCACCGUCGCCGCGCCCCCUCCGCUGCCCGCCCGCGCCGAGGACGACGUCGACGAGCCCCACGUCGUCCGCCUCUUCGAGGAGGCGACGCCGUCUGUGGUGUUCAUCAAGGACCUCCUAGUCGCCCCGCCGCCGCGGAGGCGGGGACGUGACGGCGGGGGAGCGCAGCCGGUGGAGGACGAGGAGGGGGGCGCCACGGUGGAGGGGACCGGCUCUGGCUUCGUGUGGGACUCCCUGGGCCACAUUGUGACAAAUUACCAUGUGGUUGCAAAAUUAGCUGGGGAUGGAUCUGAGUCUCAUCGCUGCAAGGUGUUCUUGGAGGAUUCAAGUGGCACUAGUUACUCAAAGGAAGGGAGGCUAAUAGGAUAUGAUCCAACAUAUGAUCUUGCUGUUCUGAAGGUUGAUAUUGAUGGUGAUAAGUUGAGGCCUGCUCUGCUUGGCACGUCACAGGGUUUACGAGUUGGGCAGAGCUGCUUUGCCAUUGGGAACCCUUUAGGAUAUGAACACACCUUAACUACUGGGGUAGUUAGUGGACUGGGGAGGGAGAUACCAUCUCCCAAUGGGAGGGUGAUUCGUGGGGCCAUACAGACAGAUGCUGCUAUAAAUGCUGGUAACUCAGGAGGCCCACUAAUUGACUCUUAUGGCCAUGUAAUUGGAGUUAAUACAGCUACAUUCACACGUAAAGGAUCUGGAAUUUCAUCUGGGGUGAACUUCGCCAUCCCUAUCGACACCGUUGUACGGUCGGUACCGAAUCUCAUAGUGUAUGGAACUGAUGUGAGCAACAGGUUUUAUUAAACAUUUAAUUAGCUCCGAUGUACAUUCUCUGUUCAAUCAAUGCAAGUUGUCUCGUUGCUACA